GGAGUCUGCACACUUUCCGAGCCAGGGCAUUGUGGGAGCGGCCAUGGUCUGAGGCGGGCGCCUCACCUGUCCGCCGCGCCGGCUCCGCGCUCGCCUCUCGCCCUCGCGUCUGCCGCGCUCGCCGCUCGCCGGGCGGGGGCGGCGGCGGCCCGGCCACCAUGAUACAUUUCAUACUGCUUUUCAGUCGACAAGGGAAAUUACGGCUGCAGAAAUGGUACACUACUCUCCCUGACAAAGAAAGGAAAAAGAUCACCCGGGAAAUUGUUCAGAUUAUUCUUUCUCGUGGUCAGAGGACAAGCAGUUUUGUUGACUGGAAGGAGCUAAAACUUGUUUAUAAAAGGUAUGCUAGUUUGUACUUCUGCUGUGCUGUAGAAAAUCAGGACAAUGAGCUCUUGACACUAGAGAUUGUUCAUCGUUAUGUGGAGCUGCUGGACAAAUACUUUGGAAAUGUCUGCGAGCUGGAUAUUAUCUUUAAUUUUGAAAAGGCUUAUUUUAUCCUUGAUGAGUUUAUAAUUGGUGGAGAAAUUCAAGAAACAUCCAAGAAAUCUGCUGUCAAAGCCAUUGAAGAUUCUGAUAUGUUACAGGAGACAAUGGAAGAAUACAUGAACAAGCCUGCGUUUUAACUAUCCAUCUACUUGAAGACAAUGAGAGUGCUGCAUGUUGUGAAUCUGUAAAUAAGCAAUGCCUCGCCUCCGGCUAUUGACAGAGCCUCUGGAACCUGCCAAAAAUAAGUUAAAAGGGAUUCUUUGUAACUAGCAAAAAUUAAUGUUGUUUAACAUACUAUAUUUAUCAUUAUUACAUGUCUGUAUUAUACUGUAUAUGACUAAUUGUAGCUCUGGAUGUUAAAACAACUGCAUCAUAACUCAAUAGACAAUGGUUGCAAUGUUUUAACUCCAUGUAAUUUUUUUCAAGCUAAUUUAAAUAAAUUUGUUGCAAUAUGUUCUGUUGCAUUUGAUCCUCUACUGACGGGCUGAAAAUUGUAUUGUGAUCAUGUUUUUGAAUGUAAAAUAUAUCUUGUAUCAAUAAUACUCUUCUAAAUGCUUAGCUUUCUAAAUUGUAUAAUAGUUCAAAAUUACGUUAAUAGUUCAGAAUUCAUAUAUAAUGCUAGAUAUUUUUGACACACAUAAGACUGUAAUUCCAGCCCAGAUACAAUGUAUCUGAUUUUAAUAUCCUGAAUUCAUUGAUUUUUUUCAGGAUUGGAAUUAAGAAGAUAACCAAAGAUUGUGUAGGACUUGUGUGUUUUUGAUGCCUUGGCAGCUGCUAUCUAGGCCGAGGUUUUAAUUUUACCUUUUAAUUGAAUAUAAGGGCAUUUCAAUAAGGCUGUGUUUUCUACAUCCUCUGUGUAUUUAUUAAGGUUUUGAGACAUCUGGAGAUGCAGUGUCUGUGACUUCCCUUAGUAUAAUAACAGCAGAGUGAAGAUGAACAGCCAUAGCAGUAAUUACUACUACUACUAUUUUAAUAAUCUUUUAUGUUUCAAGUACUCUUAGUUGCUUGAUUUUGUUUCAAAUAUAUUUUAAAGUUUAUCUAAUAUAUUUUGAAGGCAUUUUUUAUUAGGCUAACUUAGAGCAUUUACUGUUUUUUGCGGCCUAUAUGGUCUUUCAUUCCCCAAAGAAAAUAUUUGCUGCUGACCAUUAUUAUUAUGAACAUGUUGCAUUCCUGCUCCUGGCAUGAAAGUUCUAUAUAGCUAGGUAGUAAGUCAGGCAUUAUAGGAAAUAGCUCCUAGGGAGAUAGAAGGAAAUGUUUUCUCUUGAUGCCCCACUUUUGAUGUCUUACCUGUGCAUUUUCAAUGUUAGUUUUGAGGUUCGGUGUCAUUCAUAUUGGGGACCCUCUGGUGCUCUUUCUAAGAGAAGAGUAUAUUUGCUAUUUCAUUCUCUAGGAGAUAUGAUAUGGUAGGCUUUUGAGAACAUGAGGGAAAAAUGUCCUUUUUGAUUAAUAUUGCCAGAUACAUUUAGGGAAGAAAGGCAAGGGCAGAAGAGAAGGACAAAUUGACCAAUUCCUCAGUUAGAACCAUUACUGAAAGGAAAUAACUCAGAUUAGUAUACAAAGUAAUUAUUGGUCUUUUAAUAUCUAAUAUUUCCUCAAAUUAUAGAAUUACAAUGAUGGCAUCAGAUUGAAGUUUAGCUGUCAUUUUGAUGACUUUAAGUCUUCAAGUUUAAGGUUUAAUUAUUUUUGUUGAUAAUAUUGUGAGGCUGUAUUU